CAGUUAACAUUUUCCUUCUUGGCCUCGCGGCUCGUGCAUAGCAAGAUGCUGAGGACACAGUCUUGUGGCGUUGAAAACCUCUGUGUAUUCGACAAGCCCAACCCCACAGUCCAUGAAUGAUCUCUGAGAGACGACUCAGACGAGUGGACCGUGAGAUGGACGUGACAAACACUAGCAGGUGAGAUGGAAAGUAAAUCCUGAACCAGCUCGGACUCGCUGAUGAAGUGUGACACACCCUGUGUUAUUCCAUCAGGAGAGAAAAUGGAGGACAGCUGCAUGUGUUCUGGACCAGACGGGAUAAAUAGUGUUUGCUAACGGCACGUCACCUCCGGCCAGUUCUGUUGCAUAAUAAGAAACUCAAGCACAGUUUAAAUCCCUGGAGGAAGAAGCCCGCCAAUCCGAGACACACGGCUGUGCCGAGGAGUUUGUGUGAGAGUCAGGCUCAGAGAAUCCAAACCUUCAGGUUUGAACUUGCCAAAGAAAGCCGAUAAAAAGCUGAGAUGCCAGCUCAUGAACACCAUGGCACCGCUGAAAGUGGGCCGCACAUCAGACUGUCGGAGGACUGAGCCGGCUUUAUUGUCCUCUCUACAUCUUGCAUUGGCUGACUAACCAAUCAGAGCGCCACCCUUGUUCACGCAUCACUGAAACACCCUGUGGGUUGCAGAUUUGUCACUGGUCUCACAGAAUCCCUUUCAGAGAUGAUCCUGUGCAGUCAGAUGAGUUUUGCCGUGUUGUUCUGCAUACUGUGGCUCGCCUCUCCUGCCGUCCUGCGCUCCGAAUUCAAGGUGGCCUACGUGACCGAGCGCAACGUGUACAUGUGCACGUGUGCGCAGGACCUGGGCUUCUGUGAGAAGAUGAACUCCAGCGAGUGCAACAACUGUAAGGAUCAGUCGUCAGUGUUGCAAAGGGCCGAGAACCCCAGUCCGGUUCAGAAGAAGCGCCUGACGGUGUGGUACACCUCGCCUCUGAACGUGGCCCUCCUGCUCAACAACUCGGAGGUCCGGCACCUGUCGCUGGUCCAGUGCAAACCCGCCGACGACCAGCCCGUCCCGGUUGAGUACUUCACAGUGCAGCGUUUGGAGACGCUAACGGUCACAUACCCGUUCUGGAGGCCCGGACAGAGUCACGACGUCUUCAUAGGGAAAGACAGGGACGCUCCGUAUCAAGAGGAGGCGAGGAUCGCUGUCAUUCAUACCUCUGUGUUGACCGGGAAAUCCGAGCUGAAGUCGUACACAGUCCAGACCAAAGUGGAUCGCAGAGGCAUGAUGCCCUUCCCCGACAUUUUUAUGUCUCGCGUCGUGCUUUCGGAGAUGAGGAUAUUCGUCACUUUUCUGUAUUGAGAGAGGCAUUUUUCUGAGAGUGAUUUUAAAGUCCCCCAG